GUUAGCCAUGGAUAAAUCAAUUUGUCUAAUUCUGCUCUUAUGGAUGUGUGGGUGCAGAGCAGGAGGACAGGCAGAGCACAGCCUGCAGGGAUCACAGAGAGAAAAUGCUGCAGUGCUGACCUCCUGUGACUUUAACCAGGACAGUGACCCGUUCUGCAGGUUCAGUCAGGACACCACAGACAACAAUGACUGGACAAGACAUAAAGGCUCUACUCCAACAGCUGACACUGGUCCCAGUGGAGACUACCCUGAUGGAAACGGCUACUAUAUCUACCAUGAGUGUGACAAUGUGGCUAAUGGACAGAAAGCCCGUCUGCUGAGCCCUGCCCUCUCAUCAUCAGCCUCUCAGAUCUGUGUCCAGUUUCGAUACUACAUGUAUGGCUCAGACAAUACCAAUGUGUUGAAGGUUCUGGUCAACAGACCAAGCGGUGAGGAGCAGGUCUGGAAGAAGACGGGUAUCCAGAGUCCAUCGUGGCUGCAGGGCUCUGUCACUGUGUCAAAACCCAGCAGUCAGAGCAUCCAUAUUGUGUUCGAGGCUCAGAGAGGCUUCAGUGCUUCCUGUGACUCAGCUCUGGACAACAUUGUCAUUAGUGAAGGAGCAUGUCCCUCCUGUGUUUCCGGCUGUGAUUUUGACACUCUUGAUGACCUUUGUGAGUGGAUGACUCGAACUGACAACCCUGAUUUGUUUGGCUUCAGUCAGUGGGUUGGGCCAUCGGGCACUGAAGGAAGCGGACCUGAUGAUGACUUCUCCAAACCUGGAUUGGGCGCCUACAUGUUGUUAGAAUCUCUGGAGGCUGUGCCUGGAGAAACGUCUCAGAUCAGAAGUCCUCUAAUAAACCCCUCUUCUGGAUGUCUGGACCUCACUUUCCACUAUUACCUGUACGGCACCAGCACCACCAUGGAGCUUAGUGUCCACACCAUGACCACAGAUGAAAGCCUUGGACCAGCUCUCUUCACUGUCAGAGGGAACCAGGGUCAAGGCUGGAAGCCUGCAGAAGUCCGCUAUCUGGGAACUGCUGCCAUUCAGUUUGUGAUUUUGGGUACAUUUGGGGAAACUCAUCUGACAGAUAUUGCUGUUGAUGCUGUGUGUGUGAUGGCCUGCAAAGCUCAGCCAACAACUCCUCAGCCACCGGUAACUACUCCAGGACCGACUACUCCAAAACCAACAACUCCUGGACAGACUACUCCAAAACCAACUACUCCUGGACCAACUACUCCAAAACCAACAACUCCGGGACCGACUACUCCAAAACCAACUACUCCUGGACCGACUACUCCAAAACCAACAACUCCUGGACCAACUACUCCUGGACCGACUACUCCAAAACCAACAACUCCGGGACCGACUACUCCAAAACCAUCAACUCCCGGACCAUCUACUCCAAAACCAUCAACUCCGGGACUGACUACUCCAAAACCAACAACUACAGGACCGACUACUCCAAAACCAACAACUCCAGGACAGACUACUCCAAAACCAACAACUCCUGGACCAUCUACUCCAAAACCAACAACUCCCAGACCAUCUACUCCAAAACCAUCAACUCUGGGACCAACUACUCCAAAACCAACAACUCCUGGACCGACUACUCCAAAACCAACAACUCCUGGACCGACUACUCCAAAACCAACUACUCCUGGACCGACUACUCCAAAACCAACUUCUCCAGGGCCAUCUACUCCAAAACCCUCAACUCCGGGACCAACUACUCCAAAACCAUCAACUCCGGGACCAACUACUCUAAAACCAACUCCUGGACCGACUACGCCAAAACCAACAACUCCCGGACCAUCUACUCCAAAACCAUCGACUCCAGGACCAACAACUCCAAAACCAUCGACUCCAGGACCAACUACUCCAAAACCAACAACUCCAGGACCAACUACUCCAAAACCAUCAACUCCAGGACCAACUACUCCAAAACCAACUACUCCAAAACCAACAACUCCAGGACCAACUACUCCAAAACCAUCAACUCCAGGACCAACUACUCCAAAACCAACAACACCUAAACCAACAACUCCAGGACCAACAACACCUAAACCACCAAAACCAUGUCCUCCUGAUGCAGAAUAUAUAGAGUGUGGUCCAGCUUGUAUCCCCACCUGUCAGGAACCCUCCACCAACUGUUCUGGUUCAUGUUUGAGUGGCUGCUUCUGCAAACCAGGGUUUGUCUUCAAAGGACGGCGUUGUGUGCCUCUGGAAAAAUGUGGAUGUCUGGAUGACAACAAUAAUUAUUAUGAGCCUGGUGAGAUUAUAUUUGGUGAUGGCUGCUCAAAGAUGUGCCGCUGUGUUGGGAACUACACAUUGGAAUGUGUUGAUAACUCCUGUGACCCCAGUGAAGAGUGUCGUGAUGUUAAUGGUGUUGCAGGAUGCUAUCCUAAAGGUACAUCCACAUGCAUAGCAUCUGGUGAUCCCCACUACACCACCUUUGACAAACGCAACUACAACUUUAUGGGCAACUGCAGUUAUUUGAUGUCUGGACCCUGUAACGAAACCACUCUGCCAUACUUUGAGGUCCAUGCUGACAAUGAAAAUCGCUUUAACAAACCUACCAUCUCCUAUGUGAAGGCUGUACAUGUAUAUGUACAGAUGGUGAAGAUCUCCAUCCUCAAAGGUGGCACAGUGCAGCUGAAUGGGACAAAUGUGAACCUGCCAGUGUCUCCGACCCCCAGUGUCUCUGUGUUCAAGUCAGGAAAGCACUACACUGUGUCCAUGAAUUUUGGUGUAACUGUUCGCUAUGAUGGAAACCAUUUCAUGGACAUCAAAGUAAUCAAAGACUAUCAGAACAAGCUGUGUGGGCUGUGUGGCGAUUACAAUGGAAAUACCAAAGAUGACUUCCGUAAACCAGAUGGAUCAUUGACCAACAAUGCCAAUGACUUUGGAAGCAGCUGGAACACUGACCCACAGUGUAAUAAGAAACCUAACACCACUAUCCCUGGGUGUGAUGAAGAUGAGCAGGAACUGUAUGAGAGUUCUGGAUACUGUGGCAUCCUGCUGGACAAAAAGGGUCCCUUCGCUGUGUGCCACCCCAGAGUCAACCCCAAUAAUUACUUCAAGGACUGUGUUUUUGAUCUGUGUGAGCUGGAUGGAGCCAAGCCUAUUCUGUGUGAAGCCAUUGAAGCCUAUGUCAAUGAAUGCCAGGACCGUGGGGUCAACAUUGGACCCUGGAGGAAUGAAACCUUCUGCCCUCUGAGAUGCUCCCCGAACAGCCACUAUGAGCCCUGUGCAGACCCCUGUCAGGAGACCUGUUCUGGGAAACCCCCAUCUUGCAGUGGGCCCUGCUCAGAGGCUUGUGUGUGUGAUCCUGGCUAUGUCCUGAGUGCUGGCAGGUGUGUCAAGAAGAGUUCGUGUGGCUGCAACAGAAAUGGCCAGUAUUAUGAGCCUGGAGAGGAGUUUUAUGUUGAGGACUGUCAGCUGAAGUGUAGGUGUGAUGCUCCCUUCGUUACCUGUGUGGCCUCUGAAUGCCCCCCAAUGCACGAGUGUAAACUCCAGGGUGGAGAGCUGGGAUGCUAUCCCACAGGCUCUCAGGACUGUAUUGUGUCUGGAGAUCCUCACUACAACACAUUCGAUAAGAACUUCUACAGCUUCAUGGGAACAUGUACCUACACAUUAGCCAGAACCUGCAAGAACAACACAGGUCCUUGGUUCUCAGUAGAGGGAAAGAAUGAGGAGAGAGGAGUGUCAGGAAUAUCGUACCUGAGAAAACUCUAUGUGACAGUGAAUGGAGUCACUGUGACGCUGAUGAAAGCCAGGAGGACGCUGGUGAAUGGAAGGCGGGUGGCCCUCCCUCACUCCCCCUCUCCUCUCAUCUCCCUCAGUCUUGCCGGUCAGUACAUCACCCUGCAGACAACAUUUGGUCUCCAAGUGCGAUGGGAUGGAAACCAUUACGCCCAGAUCACAGUUCCCAGCUCCUACCACAAACAGAUGUGUGGUCUCUGUGGUAACUACGAUGGGAGCCCAGACAAUGACUUCACCAAACCAGAUGGCACUCUGGUAGGAAAUGCCAAUGACUUCAGCAACAGCUGGCAGACAGAAGAGGAUGAGGAUGAUGUGUGUUCCCAAGGCACCAAGCCUGAAGAAUGUGACCCCAAAUUUCAGGCUGAGAUGGAGAAACCAGACAAAUGUGGCAAAAUCACAGACCCUGCUGGACCCUUCAGGGAGUGCAUCAGUGUAGUGAAUCCCACUCCAUUCUUCAAGAGCUGUGUGUUUGACAUGUGUCAGUUCGAUGGCCAACAGCAAGUACUGUGUGACCAGCUCCAAGCCUAUACUGAUGCCUGCCAGAGUGCCGGAGCCAAAGUCCACCCAUGGAGGAAUGCAGACUUCUGCCCCCUGGCCUGUCCUCCCAACAGCUCCUACUCUCUGUGUGUGAGCUCGUGUCCUGAGACAUGUCUAGGCGUGGUCGGACCGCCCGGCUGUGAGGACGUGUGUGUGGAGGGUUGUGAGUGUAACCCAGGCUUCAUCCUCAGCGACAACAAGUGUGUGGCAAUGAAGGACUGUGGCUGUGUGGACAGCAGUGGAUCCUAUCACCCUGUGGGUGAUGACUGGUACUUGGAGGGUUGUGGACAGAAGUGUGUGUGUCAGAAUGGAGGUUUGAUCCAGUGUCACAAUACCAGCUGUAAACCAACCACUGAGAGCUGCCAGCUCCACGACGGAGAAUUUGAAUGUCGUCCUCUGGGAAACGGUGUCUGCUCAGUAUCUGGUGAUCCCCACUACACCACAUUUGACAAACACACCCACCAUUAUAUGGGAGCCUGCUCCUACACCCUGACCAAACCUUGUAACGUCUCCUCCAACUUGCCAUACUUCACUGUGGACACCCAGAAUGAACACAGGGGAAGUAAUAAGAAGGUCUCCUAUGUGAGGGCCGUGGUGAUCAACGUGAGUGGAGUGACUGUCAUUCUCGGCAAGGGCCGCACAGUCCAGGUCAAUGGAACGGUGGUCGUCCCACCUAUCACCUCCAUCAGUGGAGUUCAAAUCUACUUGAGUGGAAAGUUUGUUGUCCUGGAGACAUCCUUUGGCUUGAGGGUGCGUUUCAACGGUGACCACCAUGCUGACGUCACCGUGCCAACCUCCUACAAUGGCCUGCUCUGUGGCAUGUGUGGAAAUUUCAAUGGAAACUCCAAAGAUGACAACUUGAAACCAGACAAUACGCCAGCUGCAAACACCAAUGAACUGGGAGACAGCUGGCAGGUUCCUGACCCACGGCCGGACUGUACCAACGGUGGAGGACAGGAAGACUGCGAUAAAGAGGUGGAGGAGGAGGCCAAGAAACCCACCAGCUGUGGCAUGAUCACUGACCCCAAUGGUAUCUUUAAGCCUUGCCACUCUGUGGUUCCCCCCGAGUCAUUCUUUGAAAACUGUGUGUACGACAUGUGUGCCACUGGAGGUCAGACCGUGGCUCUGUGCCAGGCCAUAGAGAGCUACGCUGACAUGUGUGCUGCUGCAGGAGUUCCCAUUGCAUGGAGAAACAACACCUUCUGUCCUCUGAAGUGCCCCCCCAACAAUCAUUACAACCCAUGCAGCUCCGCCUGCCCUCAGCCCAGCUGUCAAAACCCUGCGGGCUCCAGUGGCUCCUGCCAGCAGCCUUGUGUGGAGGGAUGCGUCUGUAACCCUGGCUUGGUCCUCAGUGGAGACAAAUGUGUCCCGGUCAGCGAGUGUGGAUGUACUGAUGAAGAUGGAAAGUACCAGCCGGUGGGAGACACUUGGUUCUCUAAGAUGGACUGCUCUGAGCGCUGCAAGUGUAACAGCAACAACAAUGUCACCUGCGAGCCUUGGCAGUGCAGCCCUGCACAGGAGUGUAAAGUGGUUGAAGGAGUGCUGGACUGUCACUCGACAGGUAAAGGAGUGUGUCACGUGGCUGGAGAUCCUCACUACUACACUUUUGAUGGUGUGAUGCAUACGUUCAUGGGUACCUGCACUUACACUCUGGUGGAGGUGUGUAACACCACUAGGGUAGUUGACUUCAAGAUCGUGGCUAAAAAUGAGGAGCGUGGUCAACCGGAGGCCUCCUACGUUCGUUCUGUCAAAAUCUACUUGCCUCAUGACACCGUGGUUGAACUGCAGAAGAGCAGGAGAGUUCUGCUAAAUGGACGGCGUGUGCGAACCCCAGUUUCCAUUGAUUUAGCCGGAGCCAAGGUGAUAACCAGUGGAUCGUAUAGUCUGCUGGACACAAACUUUGGUCUGCGGGUGAAGUUUGACGGAGUCCAUCACCUGGAAAUCUCUGUUCCUGGAGAAUACUUCAACAAGCUGUGUGGCAUGUGUGGGAACUACAACCACAAUUCCUCAGAUGACAACUUGAUGCCCAACAAGAAACCAGCCAAGGACGUGAUUGAACUGGGCAACAGCUGGAAGUCAGAAGGAGACAGUGAUGCUGGCUGUCAGCCAGACACUCGUCCAGACAUCCACCCCAACUGCACUACAGAAGAAGAGAAGCAGUACGAGGCGCAGUGUGCCGGGGUCAUCCUCUCUGACCACUUCAAACCCUGCCACUCUCUGGUGCCCCCCGAGGCCUUCCUGGGUAACUGCAUCUACGACAUGUGUGAGUACGAUGGCAUGCAGGCAACGCUCUGUGACAACGUGGAGGCGUAUGCUCAGGCCUGUCAGAGUGCCGGAGUCACCAUCAGCUGGAGGAACAACACCUUCUGCCCCCUGCCCUGCCCUCCUAACAGCCACUACUCAGACUGCACCGCCCCAUGCCCCCCCACCUGCUCCGACCUCUUCCCCAUGUUCUGCCAUCUCCCUCCAACCACAUGUGUCGAGGGAUGCCAGUGUGAUGCUGGCUACGUACUCAGUGACAACAAGUGUGUUCCCCUGGCCAAGUGUGGCUGUCUGGACUCAGAUAGAGAGUACCAUGAUGUUGGAGACUCGUGGCUCACAGAUAAAUGUGUUGAAACCUGUACCUGUAACCUGGGUGGCAAAAUCAUAUGUAAGGACCACAGCUGUAACUCCAACUCAGUGUGUGCUCUGGACAAAUAUGGAGACUUCUACUGCAAACCGUCAAAGUUUGAUACGUGCACCAUCUCCGGGGAUCCUCAUUACCGAACAUUUGAUGGUUUCACUCAUCACUUCCAGGGUCCCUACACUUAUGUCCUGACUCAGGGCCACAACCUGGAGAACUUCAACCUGUUGCCCCUGGUGGUGAGGGGGAAGAACAUCAGACGUGGGGGGAACAGAAGAGUGUCAUUCCUGGAUCAGAUGUACAUUGAUGUUUACGGUGUUAAUGUUCGCUUCCUGCAGAAGAAGAGCGUCCUGGUGAAUGGGGAGCGUGUUGCACCUCCUCUCAGUCCAGUUGAUGGAUUGACCGUUACAAUGAAUUCCAGGCAGGUCCAGCUCACCACUGACUUUGGACUCACUGUACGAUUUGAUGGCAAAAGUCGCGGAGAGAUCAUACUGCCCAGCACCUAUAGGCACUCUGUUAGAGGACUGUGUGGAAACUACGACGGCAUCACCAGAAAUGAGUACAUGAAGCCGGACGGGACAGUGGUCAGGAAUCUGAACGAAUUUGGAGAAAGCUGGAGGGUCUCUGAACGACAGGCUGAUGGACUGAAGAUCUUCCAACUUCCUCACACAGUCCACUCCCACAGGCGAGAGGUGGAGACUGAUCCAGAUUCAGGAUUCGAGACAUCAGACUGCUCUCAGUCUCAGCUCAAUGACUACAACAGUGUGGCUCAGUGUGGAGCACUGUCUGAUUCCAAAGGGCUGUUUGCUGCCUGCCAUGCAACUCUGCCACCUAAAUCCUACCAGGAUGACUGUGUGUUUGACCUGUGUGCUGAUCGGGGCAGUGCAGAGCUGCGUUGUGCCAGUUAUGAAACAUACGCUGCCGCCUGUCAGGAGGCUGGAGUCAAACUGGGAUCCUGGAGGCAGCUGCUGGGCUGUGUCCUCCACUGUGAUGCCAACAGCACCUAUUCCUCCUGCAUGUCACCUUGCCCCGCCUCCUGCGCUGACCUGGCAGCACCCUCCGAGUGUGACACCACUUCCUGUAUGGAAGGAUGCCAGUGUGCCGCUGGCUUUGUCAUGAGUGAGGGGAUCUGUGUGCCAUACACAGAGUGUGGCUGCAACUUCCUCAACAGAUACUACCCUCUGAAGGAGAAAUUUGUGACUGAGGACUGUUCUCAGUCCUGUGAAUGCAUGAGCACAGGCGCUGUGUGCCAACCCAAGACCUGCCAGGACAACUACGUCUGCACCAUCUACAACUUCAAACGGGACUGCUACAGAGCGAGUCCGUGCCUCAGUACCCCCUGUCUGAAUGGAGGAACAUGUAAGGAGGGCAGCAACAACACAUACACCUGUCAGUGUCCAGAGGGCUUCGAGGGCAAAGCCUGUGAGGUGGAGAUAACACAGACUGAAGGACUGGAAACCAAGUGGAUCAUCCUGAUCGUGGUCCUGGUCGUGGUGUUGGCCGUCAUCUUUGUGAUCACCAUUGUGUGUGUUUGCAAACGCAGAAACAAGUCACACGUUUAUGUAAUUCAGAAGCUGCAGUCAUCUCACAGUGGGAAAAAGAAGAAUGAGGAGAGAAUCAGCAUGAGAUCAUCAAGUGUGAAAUACAAAGACAUGGAUAAGGAAAAACCUGAUAAAAUGAGUUCUAUGUGAUGACCGUGUGAUCUAUGUGUUUACCUUAAUGUACCCUGCCGUAUGAGGCGGGCAUACACAGUGUGUUCUGAACUUUAUUCAGCAGACCUUCAAAGACAAAUAAAACUGUAAGAAAUGAAGGAAGUAUUUUUGUCUUGUCAGUGAUGUGAAUAUUAUAGAUAUGUGUUUUGCUUUCUUAACUUAUGCUUUUGACGAUGUACCUAUAGUCAGAUGUGAACAUUUAAUUAACAGAAAAGUACAAAUCUCUCUGUGUGCCUGUAAGUGUAUCUGUAUGUUUGGAAUGAAAUGCAUACAAAACUUAUGUAUUUAAAGUGUGUUUCUCUUUGUUAAAAAACAAACAUCCAUCACACACAGCAGGUACUGUGUUUUCAUUUUUAGACUCACACUUUCACUUCUAUUAACACUCAAACACUGAUUAUUUCAUCCAUACAAAAGAUGUAAAACAAAACAAAAAACGAUUGUGAGAAGAAUAAACUGAAUAAAGCCAAAUGACAUGCUGUAUACCUGUAAUUAAUAUUCAAGCACAAUGCAAAGUCAUAAAAUUGAUUCUGU